GGCGGGGCAGUUGACAGACUGUCCCCGAAAACGAAAAACGAACAGCUCCGGGCACAACAUCACUUCGACUUAAUUGUCUAGAGCAAUCGAGAAAUAGAAGGGACCCUUUUGGAAAAUAUUAACCGCAGUCAGGAGUUGCGACCGCAGGUCCUUGCUGUGCGGGAGAAUGCUAAUCGAUGGUCUCGGCGAUCAGGUCCUUCCCGCGGAAACGGCAGCCACCGGAGACGAAGCUGAGGCGGCCACGCCCGCGGAGAAGGCCGGCACGACGAAAGGACUGGCCAGGACCAAGGGACGGCUGCUGAUGAUCUUCCGCCUGGGAGCCCACCCGAGCUGCGAGUUCGUCAACGGGCUGCCGCCCCCUGGGCAGGGCGGGGGGUCUGGCCAGGACAAGGUGUAGGACUCAAUAACUGUAAUUAGAAAUACAAGGACGAGGGCCUUCUCCAAUA